UUAUAACUAUGCACAGCAGUUAUCCUUAAAUUGUAAUUGAAAUGAUUUGUCAAUUGUCAAGAUUUUAGGUUCCAUCACAACAAUUUUCGGUUGUUUUUUAUGCUAGAGUUAACUACUUCUUUUUCACUAUAUACAUCAUCAUGAUAAUAACGAAAUUUGAUAAAUACAUUAUUAUUAUUAUUAUUAUUGAAAAUUUGAAAGGAUAAGGAAGGAAAAGUUUCAAGUUCUGGAAGAGUAAGCAAGGGAUUAUAGAAGAGAUAAAAUUAGUGUUCAUACUUCUAUGCUGGUAGAAUCUUUCAUGAAGAUUUGGAGCAGCUUUUAAAAGUUGCUUAAUUAACCAUGCAAAGGUUUAGCCUUUGCACAAGUACUAACAAUACAUUAACGUACCCAUCGCUCUUGUUUUCUUCCAUAAGGAACCACAUUAGUCAAGGUUCUCAUAAAUGUGCUCUUCUUCUGUAUAAACAAACUCGCCGCGAAGGUCUCUAUGAUCCCAGCGUUGUCCCUUUGUUGUUCAAGGCUUGUGUUUCUCUUUCAAUUCUUCACCACGUUAAGGCCUUGCAUGCCGAGUCCAUUAAAGCUGGUUCACAUUGUGAUGUGUUCAUUGGAACAGCAUUGGUUGGAACUUAUUCAAAAUGUGGUCUCCUUGGGGACUCCCGCAAGGUGUUUGAUACAAUGCCUGACAGAAAUGUUGUCACUUGGAAUGCAAUGAUUGGUGGGUACUUGAGAGCUGGGGACAAAGAAUCUGCCUCCUCAAUGUUUGAGGCGAUGCCGGGGAAGACUCCGGUGUCCUGGAGCCAGUUGAUUGACGGGUUUGCAAGGAACGGGGAUACUGCUGCUGCUAGGAGGUUGUUCAAUAAGGUUCCGGACGAGGCGAAGAACGUAGUGACGUGGACUGUGAUGGUUGAUGGGUAUGCUAGGAAUGGGGAUAUGGAAGCUGCCAGGGAGAUCUUUGAACAGAUGCCAAUGAGGAACUGCUUUGUGUGGUCAUCUAUGAUUUGUGGUUAUUGCAAGAAGGGCAGUGUCGAGGAGGCUGGGGUGAUUUUCGAGCGCGUUCCAGAACGCAACGUGGAGAUUUGGAAUUCAAUGAUUGCUGGGCAUGUCCAGAAUGGAUUUGGUGAAAAAGCACUGCAGCUUUUUGAGGAAAUGAAGGGUGAAGGGUUUGAACCGGAUGAAUUCACUGUUGUUAGUGUUUUAUCUGCAUGUUCUCAGCUGGGACUCUUGGAUGCCGGUAAGGAAAUACAUAACAUGAUAAAGCAGAGAGGGAUGAGGUUGAGUCCCUUUGUUGUGAGUGGAUUGGUUGACAUGUAUGCAAAAUGUGGGGACCUGGCCAAUGCAAGGUUGGUAUUUGAAGCAUCAGAGUCCAUUGAGAAGAACAUCAUCUGCUGGAACGCAAUGAUUUCAGGCUUUGCCAUCAAUGGAAAAUUCCAUGAAGUCCUUGAGUGUUUUGGCAGAUUGGAGGAAUCAAAUAUAAAGCCUGAUUCAAUCACCUGUCUCAUUGUGCUCUCUGCUUGUGCUCAUGGUGGUUUGGUAAAUGAGGCUUUGGAAGUAGCAGCUAAAAUGGAAAGAUAUGGAAUUGAAAUAGGAAUCAGACAUUAUGGAUGCAUAGUUGACCUAUUGGGAAGAGCAGGGAGGUUAAAAAAGGCUUAUGACUUGAUAAUGAGAAUGCCAAUGAAACCGAAUGAAGCUGUUUUUGGGGCACUGCUUGGUGCAUGCCGGAUUCAUUCAGACGUGCAAAUGGCAGAACAAGUAAUGAAGUUAAUCGGUGCAAGCACUGUUUCAAGUUCUGAUUCUCUCAAUGUGCUUCUGUUCAAUACCUAUGCAGCUUCUGAAAAAUGGGAGAAAUGUGAACAGAUGAGGAUCAGAGUAGAUGAAAGAAUUCAAAAGACACCUGGGUGCAGUUCAUUCAUCUCUAGUGCUUCGUCCAUGUUCACUUCGACAAAGUAAUAUAUUAAAAACAAAAGGAUUUGAUCUCUAUCAUAACUGUUAUAUAACUUUGAGCUCCUUGACGAGAUCCCCAUAGUUGCUACUUGCUACCCCAAUUUUGGGAUAUUGUCCCAAUAGAUCACUUUAAUCACUGAAGAUAUUUGAUUUAUGAUUAGUGAUCAAGGUGGUGUUGAGGGCAAAAGACACACUGCUUUGAAGCCAAGGUGUAAACCAACAAGCUGGUUCAAUGGAAUCUAAGACUUUCUACAAAAGUGAAGAACUUAAAUGCCUUUAUAAUGUCCUUCAUUUAUAAGUCACAAUCACUAAAGUGUGUACCUAGAAGUUAGAAUGGGGACUGCCAAGCAAUGUCAAAAUAAAGAUAGACUAUUGACCACCUCAGAAUUGGUAUGUUGAAGGUAUACAGACUUUUCAUACAUGAUUGCUCAAAUUCGUUUCCCAAUCAAAAUAGUGGGAAAGAAAAUAUCUGCUGUACUAAAAUACAUAUACAGAAAGUGCACAUUUAUGAUCUCUCAUUCUCAAAAGCUCUCAAUUGAUAAUUAUACAACUCGAAAAGACUCAGCUAUCUUCUUCAAAUCAUUGUAGUGUCUCUUCCA